AUGUCUACCUCAGCUCGCCGUCGCCUCAUGAGGGACUUCAAGCGGAUGCAAACCGACCCUCCUGCUGGCGUCUCCGCAUCUCCCAUCGCCGAUAAUGUCAUGACCUGGAAUGCUGUUAUUAUCGGGCCAGCCGACACCCCGUUUGAGGAUGGGACGUUCCGGCUGGUGAUGCAUUUUGAGGAGCAGUAUCCGAACAAACCCCCAGGUGUCAAGUUCGUCAGCCAGAUGUUCCAUCCAAACGUUUACGGCACGGGAGAGCUGUGUCUGGACAUCCUGCAGAAUCGCUGGAGCCCAACUUACGAUGUUGCGGCCAUCUUAACUAGCAUUCAGAGCUUACUGAACGACCCCAACACCUCGUCUCCUGCCAACGUCGAAGCCUCCAAUCUGUACAAAGACAACCGCCGAGAGUACACCAAGCGUGUUCGUGAGACCGUUGAGAAGAGCUGGGAUGACUAA